CGAUGCGCUGAGCCCUCCUCGUGGGAGUCGGGGAUUACAUAUGCAAAUGGCCAUCACCCUGAACAAAUAAAACAUCCACUGCGCCGCCACGCACCCCUAACCUGCAGCUGUGAAGCUAUUGCUCUACUACUAUUGCUUUAUAAUUUGUCGUCCCUCGAUGAAGCGAUGUCCAGCAUGCAGCUUGGUGAACCCAAGCAAGACCAACAACAUGAUUCUGGACGUACCAAAGAGUCCCGACGCCGUAUCAAUAUAAUCCUUCCACCUCCGCAACAUAAUGCUCAGAUGUACGGUUACUACAUAUCUGAGGAGUGGCUUUAUCAGACAGCUCUUUCCUUCCUCGCUAAAGUACACCCCGAUUUUUCUGAAUCCAAGGCCCGUAGCAACGCCAGAGUGAACCCCACCUACAGCUUCAGAAAAACCUUCCACAUCCGUUCGCUAUCAACGACUUAUGCAAUUCCACCUCCCGGGCAGAUCAUUCCAGCGGAAUGCAUGUAUGACAAUACUGUUUGCGUGUUGUACAUCUUCAACGACCAACCAGAGAGUUAUAAUUACCGCCCUAUUCAGAAACAGGUCGAUGAACUGACUAGGUUCAUGGGCAGAGAACCGCAGUGGUGGGUAGGUGUUAUGUCAGUAAAGUUCUACAGAUCGAUGUACCGCUAAGUACUAGUUCGGAGUUCCGCAGUAGGACCGUACCAAGUUGCGCAGCGCAGCCAUUUUUUUUUUGAAUCUUUGUUUAGUGUCCGCCCUAUGUUGGACAUUACCUACAUAUAUGUACUGUUAUCGUAUCUAUGACAAUGGUUCCGGCGUGAGCGAGGACGUUUGGAGCCUUCUGGAGGCAUUGGGGAUGGGAGGUAUGGGGUGGCUUUAGCGGGGUGCUUCAUCUCUCUAUGACUAUGCUUUCGUCUGCUCUUCUCUUUCCUCUGGGGGGGUCACGUCGCCGAAGGUGCGUUCGAAGCGUUUUGUGCGUGCUGUGUACUUGAGUGUUGCCCUCAUUCCUUUGU